AUGGCCGUUUCUACAGACCUACUCACAUUCUAUCAUGCUUUGUUCAAGCAUUCAUGCAAUGCUAUCCAUGCGCUUGCUCACAUCCUAAAGACCCAUUAUGCCUGCAGAGGCUUUCUCAUGACCAAUGCAGAUUGGUUCGACAUCCUCCAGAUUGAGGUUGAACGGCAGACUGAAGCGACACUUCAAAUUUGUUGUGAACAAGUUACAACAUUGAUCCAAGGCCGGUGCACCUCCAUUCUCAUGCAGCAUUGCCCAGCCUGCUUUGGAGGUGUCCUUUUGGCUCAAGUGGACAACAUUGGGCGACACAUCCUCUCACAGCGUAAAUGUGCACCGAAGAUUUGCACUUCUUUAGUACCAGAUGAGGCAAUUGACCAAUGUGAGCACUCAUAUGAGGCCGUGGAUGGUAAGAAGCAGAAGGCUCAACAGAAAUACGCCAUAGCACUCAUCGAGCAUCUGUUUACUCUAUUGCUGCAGGAAGCCACUGUCAUUGCCCUGUAUGAUGUUGGUUGUGUUCUCUCACGGUCAUUAUCUCAAUAUGAUAUUCUCCCCCAAUUCAGUAACUUCGCAUCUUUGAUUUGCAACCAUGGCUAUGCCUGCAUAUGGCCACAAGUGGGGUGUGUCCAGCUCAAGUAUAACCCUCGCAUGUGCAAUGCACCAGAAGUGUCUGUGGUUGAUAGACCGGCAAGCAGGGCCAUUGGUCUUGAGAUGCAAACAGAUCUUGGCAAUUUGAUUAAACAGUGGCUCAAGCAUGGAGUUAAUGGUCAGUGGUGCAGCAUGAAGAUUUUAGAUAAUUGCGGCAUCAAAGCUCAAGACCUUCAGGAAAAGUGGGUGGAUCAGAAGAAGUCCCAACUGUCCAUUUGUGUCUCAUAA